AUGGUAGAGAAUCGCAAGAUAUUCUCUUAUUUCAAGCCGGCAGAGACUUCUCCAGAGCCAAAGUCUGUAGCUGGCGUGAAACGGCCCAGUAGCAAAGAUGGGCCUUGCUCUUCGUCGCCACUGACUUCUUGCCCGCCAGACCUCUCCUCUCCUACGCAAGAGCGGCCCAAGCAGGAGCAGGUAGUAUCGGAAGGCCGCUCAGGAGAUACUAUCACUGGCGCUGCAGAGACAACCCAGAAUCAGCCCAUUGCCAUGGAUGAGCCGGCUGUCUCGUCGUUUACCACUCUACCUGGCUCUCAGCGGGUGUUCAAAGAUGGACAGAUCAUGAUCACGGCUUCUGACGACGACGAUGACUACUCUAUCAAUUCUAUUGCAGUUUCAACAGACGAGCUGCUGGCUAGGUUUUUAGGCACGUCAGGCCAGGAUAAGAAGUCAGAUACAGACAUGUCCAGUUCAAAGGGACGGAAGGGUUCAAGGGCCAAGUCCAAGUCCAAGUCCGGUACCAAGGGGGACCAGACAACUGCGGUCAGCGCAAGACAUAAGUUUUCUUUAGAUGACCUGGUGGCAGAUGCCAUGCAGGACAAGGAGAGAGAGGCCCAGGUGUCGGCUGCAAAAGUACUUAUCAGGGAUUCCGUUGGCAAAUACAAAGCCAAGGGCAAGAACACCUCUGGUAAAGAUGAUAUAUAUGCCUCUCUAGUUUCAGAUACCUCAGAUCCAGUGGCCGCUCGGCGACUGAAAGAUGCAGUGCUACGGACAGAGGCCCUUCGGCAAGGCACAAGUUGGUCCUUCUUUAGUGAUGAUCCGCCGACGGUCGAUACUGAGACCUUUCCAAGCCAGUCGGUAGAUCCUGGGUCUUGGGAGGCUGUUCUCAGAGUUGCGACGGAACCACGCGAUGAACUUCGGUUUGCAUACAUCAGUUGUCUCCAGGCUUCUCCUGAAUCUCUAAUAUCCUCCCUUGUCCAACCUUCACAUAUUGAUCGGUUAUUUGCAACGCUGGGUGCAAGAAACAGCGCACUGGAAACUUCGGAGCCUGUUGUACCUGAUAUCCGUAAUGUCGAUGAAGAAGGCGAGUUAUCUUCAAGCCCAGCUUCAGUCGAGCCGCCACCUCCUGCAGCUAGGAGAUUCUUAUUAUCUGUUUUAGCUCUGCUUUCUAACCUGGCUGAAAAGCUAAACGCUUUGGCUCGUGAGCGUUCGUUGAAGAUCCUAUUUCGCUUAGUGCUCGACGAAACUGUCAUGGGCGAUGGGGCUGUCCGUGUCAACACACUACGAGCAAUUUCUGCUUUAUUCGGCCAAUCAGAGCGUGUUCUGCCAGCUGUUAACGCUCAUGAGUUGGCAUUAAAUGCAUAUAAAACAGUCAAAGAUACAAGUCUCCAGUGUCUUCUUCUCAAGAAUAUACCCCCAAUAACUCCAGAGCUUGCCCUAUUCAGAUGUCGUUUAGCCUCUGCCUUUCUAUUCAGGGAUAGCUCGCCACUCGACAAGUCAGACACCGAGCUGAUAAAUCUACGGAAAAUCAGCUCACAAUUAAAGGAUGAACGUUUCAAAGUUAACGAACUCCGACCUGAUGACAAGGAGCCAUUUGACUUUGCUAACUUAGCUGCUUUAACAACGAUACUCGACGUCGCAAUUGACUCGGGAACUUUACAGUCCUCUUUCUCGGGUAAGGAGGAUGAGAUUGAAUUCAAUAAACAGGUGGAUAAACUCGCAGAUCGGGUGAAGGCUAUAUUCACUUCUAUUCAGGAUUCUGGUGCCUCACAUAUGAAACGCACGGAGGCGAAGGAAAGCCUACAAGCACUUCAUUACCGACUUGUUUAUACUGUGAGGACUAAACCUGUGCAGAAGAAGUCCUUUUUCGGUGCUUCGAAUGAUGAUGAAUACACUGAAAGCAGCGGGAAGAGGGAUAUUUUGGAGAAGUUCCUCGGGGUCAGGUAA